CUCCUUUAGAUACGGACAAACAAUGGCAAGAUAGGUGAGAACUAUAGCCACUUCAGACGAAGAUAAACAAACCAACGUUUGUUUCACCUUUUCACUUCUAUCUGUACGUUGUUGUUUUUUAUCCGGCUUUUUUUUCAUUUGAAAGACAUGAAUGUGCCUACACAAACUCCUUCAAAAAGUGUGGAGCAAUGGAACUGGGCCCAGAUGUACAAAAUUCCACCCGAUAUUCUGGAUGACUUAUGCAGUCGGUUUAUUGUAAAUGUUCCGGAAGAGGAAAGAAAAGACUUGGUGAGACUCUUCUUUCAGAUUGAGUUGGCACACUGGUUUUAUAUAGACUUCUACUGUUCAGAAGAAAAUUCCACUCGGAAACAAUGCAACUUCAAAGAAUUUUCUGCAAACAUAUUCAAGCAUUUAUCGUUUCUUCAUAAAUAUAUACAAAAUUUUGAAAGGCAUCUAGAACAAUUUCGUGAAUAUAAACAAGCAGUUCCAACCUUUGGUGCCAUCCUACUGAAUGAAGAACUUACCCAUGUUCUGUUGGUUCAAGGAUUUUGGUCCAAGAGCUCAUGGGGUUUUCCUAAAGGUAAAGUCAAUGAAGGAGAGGAUCCAGCCCGCUGCGCAGUGCGCGAAGUUUUAGAAGAGACGGGAUUCGACAUAUCGCAUCUGAUUUCUGUCAAAGAAUUUUUAGAAACAACCGUGAACGACCAAUUAACUCGACUUUAUAUCAUACCCGGUGUGCCCCAAGAAACGAAAUUCAUACCCAGAACCAGGAAUGAGAUAAGAGCCUUACAGUGGUUUCCAAUCGCCGAUCUCCCUAACAGCAAAAAGGACGCUAUGACUAAAGUUCGAUUAGGAAUCGGUUCUGCCUCUUUCUUUAUGGUCUUCCCAUUUGUAAGACUGAUACGAAACUGGGUAUCUUGUCGAAUGACUUACAAGCAGCAACAGCCUGGAAAUGGCAACAGUCGAAAGGCAAAACAGAGGCGCAAAUCGCUAGAAGAGCAGUCCAUAACCGGUAUUCUUCAAAGACACUCCAAACCAAAUUCAGAAGAUGAUACUAGCAAAAUUCCUUUGAGUGCAAAUACCGAACAGCUUUAUCAACGACUUUCUAAGUCAGCCGCACACUCGUCUUCAUCAACUUCUACCAAUACACUCCAAGGACUUAGCAUUAAAAAAACUAAACAUCCGUCCCGUCGCCAGUUAUUCACGGACAAAGUACAAAAGCCCGUUACUCCGCAGGGAGGUACAGCAACAACAAGCCCAGUCGUGAUCGGCGAUGGGUUCGAUCCAGCUAAACAGGUCUGCUACGUCGCUCCAUCCUGGCUAAACUUCAAGCUCAACGUAGGACCUAUUUUGGCAUGUUUUGACUAGGCUUAUGUUUGUGUCUCAGGCAUACGACCUCGUCAGAUUUUGUCAUUCUCAUUAAAUUUUCUUGCUAUUCAAUAACGUUUAAUCGAGGAUAAAAUACGACACGCAAAAUUUUUGCGUACAAAUAUAUUUUCUUUUCUGUAAUAAAUCCAUGGAAAUUA